AUGGCCGCCGGCAGUGUGCUUGGAAAAUUUAGCCUUUCCUCGGACGUCGAACCCAUCAACGCAGGCAUCGAAACUAGCUCGCCAAAGCUUCCUCGCAUCAAGCACGCUACAACGACGAAGCUUACACAUCCUCGCGCCAUCACAGUUGAAGUCCUGUCAGCUUAUAUAGCAAAUCCUAGCACAAUUCGUUCUGCUCUUCUUCCUGCGAGUGAGUGA